AUGGUCGAUUCCGACCAGUGGCAUCACCCGUCGACUCUGACGUACCGACCAGAGCAGUUAUACUGCCCUCGCCUCCCUCCCCCACCACCCAUCGUUCUCAACGACCUGCUACGACCUGUUACGACGCCUUACGAGUCCGCUCCCGCCUCCAAUCUCGUCGCUGAAGCGCCCACACUGCGCCCGUUACCCCCGCCAACCGAAAAGCUGGAGCUGCCGUCGAUCUCGCAGGUCCACACCAGAGGUCCUGUUGAUAUACCUUGGUACAACCACCACGCCGCAGAAAGGCCUCUAUUGUCUGGCGACAAACUCCCGGCUCUCAGUCUACCGACGGCCUCUCAGGCCAUCUCGGGUCAGUCCUAUCGGACUAGCUACGAAGACCCGUCGGCCCUUGGUUCCAACAACACCAGCGCUCGCACAAGUUUGUCCGGAGUCGCGCCUGUGGUUUCCGAAGCCAGAAGCCCGCCGCCGUCGUCUGCAGACCUCACGGCAGGUGGUCAGGGCCGGCUUUCUUUGGAUUCUUCCGCUCCCCAAGAAUACUCUUUGCAACACACCCCGGUGAGCGACAGUUACUAUCAGAGUCAGACCCCAAUUGGCAGCAUGAACCAAACACAACCGUACAUCGAUGUCCACCCCGCGCAUCUUUCGUCUGCACAGUCGUAUGCAUCUCAUGCCGCCACUGCCGGAGGAAUUGCGCACUAUCCGCAAUACCACCAACAGCCCCCUGUCCUGCAGCCCGCAUCGACCACAUAUGGACCGGCUAGCUCCUACUCCCAGUACGCCUAUCCCGGUGGAGUGACGUCGUCCCAGGCAGGACCGCAACCCCCAACGACGUCGAUGAGUGGCGGGGUUGCCGCACAAUUGCUUCCCCUACCAGCUGUGACAAACCAUACUGUAGCUCCUCCAGGAUAUGGAAACACUACCGGAACUCCUUUGCAGGGAUAUGUGUACGAUACGACCGGUCAGGUCGCUCCUCCUGGAGCGAAGCCGCGGGUCACCGCAACCCUGUGGGAAGAUGAAGGUAGCCUCUGCUACCAGGUGGAGGCCAAAGGCGUGUGUGUGGCACGUAGAGAAGACAACCACAUGAUCAACGGAACCAAGCUUCUUAACGUUGCCGGCAUGACGAGAGGUCGCCGGGAUGGUAUUCUCAAGAGCGAGAAGAUCCGCCAUGUUGUCAAGAUCGGCCCGAUGCAUUUGAAGGGCGUGUGGAUCCCCUUCGAGCGUGCUCUGGAGUUUGCCAACAAGGAGAAAAUCACGGACCUCCUGUAUCCCUUGUUCGUUCACAACAUCGGCGGUCUGUUGUAUCACCCUACCAACCAGAACCGGACGAACAUGGUUGUGCAGGAGUCGCAACAGCGACGACUAGAAGGCCCUCAGGCACCCAGAGCAUCCCAGGGUCCCCAACCGCCAGCUUUGCAUCAUCAUCACUCCUUGCAAGCCACCGUUCCUUCCCAUAUGCCUCAACCCCACACAAUGGCUACCCAGCCGGGGGGUCGACCAUCGCUUGAUCGUGCGCAUACGUUCCCUACUCCGCCUGCCAGUGCCUCGAGCCUCAUCCCCAUCACCAAUCAAAGUAACUCCUACGAUUGGAACAGCCAAGGGAUGAGCUCUGGAGUCCCGAAUACCCAGCCGCUCUCCAUUGACACGGCCCUGAGCAAUGCGCGAUCGAUGCCGACUACCCCUGCCACCACGCCCCCGGGCAACAACCUCCAGGGAAUGCAGUCAUUCCAAGGCCAGUCCGGGUAUGACUCGAAACCGUACUACUCGGCUGCUCCACCGUCUCACCCCCACUAUGCUUCCCAGCAACCACUGGCUCCGACCGGCAUGGCCUCCUACGGGCAGGCGAUGCAGUCCCAUCCCUACAUCAAGAGCGAAAUGGGACCCCCGUCGAGCCGGACGCCCGGCGGCCAGCCCGAAACCGAGACGGCCGACGUGAAGCCGGAACGUUAUUCCCAGAGCAACGGCCAUGUUGGUAGCAAUGGGGGUGAGUCUGUCCCAGAGCACGAGUCGGAGUACGUGCAGCACGACAGCGCUGGCUACAACACCAGCCGCGGCUCAUACACCUACACGACCAACCCUUCGGUGGGCAGUCUGACGGGUGAUCACUCCCAGCUUACGCCGGAAAUCACGGGAUCCCCGACCCAGCAGAGCGGCUCUGGCCGGAUGACGCCUCGUACGAGCGGCGGCCCCCCGCCCCCGUGGGCCUCGGGAUACAGCACGCCGCCGCGUCCCGCCGCUGCCAGUAGUCUGUACAACAUCGUGAGCGACACCCGGGGAACCUCGGGCAACGGGACGACCUCGGAUAACUACUCCGUGGCGUCGAACUCUGCGUCCGGAUACUCGACUGGCAUGAACGGAUCGCUGGGCUCGAACAAGCGGAUGCGUGAAGACGACGACGUGGACCGGAUUUCUCGCCCCGACAGCCGCGGCACCGAGUAUGAUGGCAAGCGCCGCAAGACAUUGAGCGAAACGUCCGUCGGUGGACCGGUGGGCGGCGUGCCUCUCGCGCUGCAGCCCAUGAAGGCUGGCGGCGUCAUGUCUCGUCGUCGGUAG